AGGUUGUGUCGCGCUAGUGCAAUAGUUAAAGUACUGGUGGGAAAUUAAAAUAUGAGUUUUCUCCGAUAUGUUCAUCACUGUUUUAUUCUUAUAAAUCCAUUAUGCCUGUUUCACUAAUCGUCAACUCAUUUUGUGGACUAUAGAAGUUAAAACAAACCUAUUUUUGACUAGUCAUACUUAAUUGCAAAUCAUAACCUGUAAAACGGUGAAUAAUAUCUAAAGAAGUCAAAAUAACCAUUCAGUUGAAUAGUAACAAACAACUUAUGUUUCAGAUGGCUGAACUAUUUCUAGACCCGUCUAUUCGAUCCUGGGUAUUCCUUCCCCUUGUAAUAAUUACUUUUCUCUUUGGAGUUUUACGCCACUACAUGACUAUCAUGUUCAGUAGUGAGAAAAAGGGUGAACUCGAGAAUAUCGGCGAUAGUCAUGCUUUAAUCCGCAGCAGACUUUUACGUGAAAAUGGAAGAUUCUUGCCGGCAAAAGCUUUUAAAAUGCGCAAGUAUUUCUUCAAUGAUAAGGAGCAUGGGUUUUUCAAAACACAAAAGCGAGAAAGUCCAAUGAAUAAUCCGAUGGCUGAUCCUUCAAUGGCAACUGAGAUGCUUAGAAGCAAUGCCCUCAAUAUGGUUCCAAUGAUUGUUAUUGGCAGCUGGAUCAACUGGGCUUUUUCAGGUUUUCUGACCACAAAAGUCCCGUUUCCACUCACUUAUCGAUUUAAGCCCAUGCUUCAAAGGGGCUGUGAGUCGCUUACUUCUCUGGAUGCAUCUUGCUUCUGGGUGAGGGGGAGACGAUCUAACUUCCUGUGUUUUCGUAAUAACAUCAUCACAAACUUUAGUAUCAAUUUCUGAGGAUAACAUGUUACUACUGGUAGAUGCUACACAAAUGGAUAUAACUUCCUGUUGUUGAUGUUUUUUAUCUCGGCCGUCUGACAAAGAGUUCUCAUUAUCGUCGAUGCUUUCAUGCCCUGAUAGCUCGUCAAUAUUAUUAUUUGAUUUAGUCUUGAAUUCCAUCUCAUUUCUCUCCUUUUUCUUAUGACUGACUGUUUCUUUUGCUUUUUUCCUAUAUGAAAAAAACCAUUCUGAGUCUUUGAAAAGUUCAUAAAAACAAUCAAAAAAACGGGAUAAUCAGUGAGGAAAUUGUACACGGUUAAUAGGUCCAGUUUAAUCAAGUAAGCCGUUUGUAUGUAAUUGAAAGAACAUUUAGAUUUUAGAUAAACCAACACUGAUUAAUUUAGCAUCUCAUGACUAAUUUAAUAUAACAAUGAAGAAUCCGACUAAAUAUUGAAAAUUUAGAUAAUUGGCUAC